UCCCAUUUAUUCUCGGAAACUCUCGCACGUGCGCAACAAGUUUAGUCUUCGUCCUGGUCUACUCUCAACUCAAGUCUGAAAACACAAAACCUAAACGCACAGCACUUUGUAGUUAACCACCCUCCACCGAGCCUUCGAACCACCCCCGUCUGCCGGCGUCGCACCUCGCCACCGACAACCAGCGUCGGCGCACCACUGCACCAGAGCAGUAGGCCGUCGCAGUCGCACGCGGCAACCACCAGCUACCAAGUCUUCGUAGCAGAUCUGUGCUUUGGCUAUGGAAAAUUCAGAGAAGGUGGUCGCUGUGAUCAUGGUGGGUGGACCCACAAAAGGGACCAGAUUUCGACCUCUUUCCUUCAAUAUUCCCAAACCGCUUUUCCCUUUGGCUGGCCAGCCAAUGGUUCACCAUCCUAUUUCUGCUUGUAAAAAGAUACCCAAUUUGGCUCAAAUAUUUCUUCUUGGAUUCUAUGAGGAGCGAGAAUUUGCUCUAUAUGUCUCUUCAAUCUCAAAUGAGCUGAAAUUACCAGUAAGAUAUUUGAAGGAGGAUAAACCGCAUGGUUCAGCAGGCGGCCUUUACUACUUUAGAGAUAUUAUCAUGGAAGACUGCCCGUCACAUAUCUUUCUGUUAAAUUGUGAUGUUUGCUGCAGCUUUCCACUACCAUCAAUGCUUGAUGCCCAUAAAAGAUAUGGCGGGAUGGGGACAAUGUUGGUAAUCAAGGUUUCAGCUGAAUCUGCUAACCAGUUUGGGGAGUUGGUUUCUGAUCCAACCACUAAUGAGUUGCUGCAUUAUACUGAGAAACCUGAGACAUUUGUCAGUGAUUUGAUAAACUGCGGUGUCUAUGUUUUCACCCCUGAUAUUUUUACUGCCAUCCACGAUGUGUAUAUUAAUCAAGAAGGCAGAGCUAAUCUACGCCGUGUCUCCAACUUUGAAACAUUCCAAUCUGCCACAAGGACUAUUCCCGUUGAUUUUGUAAGACUGGAUCAAGAUAUAUUAUCACCUCUAGCUGGAAAGAAGCAACUGUAUACAUAUGAGACAACGGAUUUCUGGGAGCAAAUUAAAACUCCAGGAAUGUCAUUGAAAUGCUCAGAAUUGUAUCUUGCUCAAUUCCGAUAUACUUCACUUGAUCUUUUGGCGAGUGGAGAUGGUAAAAAGAAAGCUACCAUUGUUGGUGAUGUAUAUAUUCAUCCAUCUGCCAAAGUUCAUCCAUCUGCAAAGCUUGGUCCCAAUGUUUCUAUCUCAGCAAAUGUUCGUGUAGGUGCUGGUGUCAGGUUAAGCAGUUGUAUCAUCUUGGAUGAUGUUGAAAUUAAGGAAAAUGCUUUUGUCACAAACUCAAUUAUUGGAUGGAAGUCAUCACUUGGAAGAUGGUCACAUGUGCAGGCUGAUGGUAACUAUGAUUCAAAACUUGGCACAACCAUCUUAGGUGAAGCUGUAACGGUUGAAGAUGAAGUAGUAGUGUUUAACUGCAUUGUUCUUCCCAAUAAGACUCUUAAUGUCCGUGUGCAAGAAGAAAUCAUCUUAUAAUAUAAUCUAAUAAAGCGAGUUUUACUGGUCACUCUUACUCAUCAAAAGAAGCGGCUUGGAGCAUUUUGGUUUUACCAUUUCUUUCUCCAAUUUGUUUGAUCUAGGAAUGAUAAAGUUAAUUGGCUUACAUAUGGAGUUAUGUACAUUUAAAUAUUUAUUUUUUCUCUUUCCAAUUUUAUUUUAUGUACACAAAUGGACAACUAAAUGGACCUAUUUUUGUAAAUCACAUGUCAAACUCGAACCUUUUACGAGCAGGUAAUAACAUAAUAUCUGGAAUACUUUUGUUGUUUUUAGGUAAA